AUGAGCGCCUCCCCACCAGUCAAUGACACCCCAUUCAAUCGAUACUCCACCCUUCUUGCCAUCAAAGUCCUCAAGCGCACUCGACCUUCCAUUGGGGGUGUCCUCAUGCUGACAGACAAACUCUGUGUAAAAUACGGACGUCGUAUCCAUCUAUCUGAAGCAUCCACCAUGCGUUUCAUAGCCGAACAUACAUCAAUCCCAGUCCCGAAAGUCUACUGUGCCUUUACACAUUCUGAGCGAACUUAUAUUGUCAUGGAGAGGAUCAAGGGGCAUAUGAUUGGCCGUGGUUGGCCGAAACGCCCCGACCAGUCCAAAGCCGAGCUGCUCUCCCAAUUGGCCAAAUAUAUCACUGAGAUGCGGCAACUCCAGCCCCCGGAAGGCAUGGGAGUGGCUUCUGUUGAUGGUGGAUCUGUCUUUGACAUCCGUCUACCAGGGCCAAGGGAUUCCUUUCGUCUUGGUCCUUUUGAUACCGUGCAGGAUUUCCAUCGGCGUCUACGCCUGGGCGUGGGACCCGAAAUUGAGCACGAUCCCGAAAUCCAGACCCUUAUUGAGCAACACAGCAAGAGUUGGCCGUUGGUGUUUACGCAUGGUGAUCUGAGCAGUCUGAACAUACUGGCUCGCGAUGAUGAAAUUAUUAGUAUCGUUGAUUGGGAAACAGCCGGUUGGUAUCCAUCAUAUUGGGAAUACACUACCGCCCAACAAGUCAACCCACGGAAUCCUUUUUGGGCCAACGAGAUUUACAAAUUCUUACAACCGAUGCCUGAGGAGCUGGCUAUGGAGCGGAUUCGUCAAAGAUACUUUGGAGAUGUUUAA